GCUGAGCUGAGCUCCAAGCGAAGAAAGCUAAAGCCCUAAACCCACUCACCGCCGCCGCCGCCGCCCGCCGUUGCGACGCCAUGGCCGUCCAUCACUUCCGAGUGCGCGCCCUCUCCCUAAUCCUCCGCUCCCCACCCAGCCUCCUGCCCUCGCAUGCCCAUCCCAUCGUCUCCAUCCACCGCCUCCUCUCCGCCGCCGCCACUGCGUCCUCCGUUUCUUCCCCGCGCCCCUUUGCCGCCGAGGCCGAGGACUACCUCGUCUCCAGAUGCGGCCUCACCCGGGCGCAGGCCUUGAAGGUCGCCGAGAAGAUCUCCCACCUUAGUUCCCGCUCCAAACCCGACGCCGUGCUCGCCUUCCUUGGCGGCACCCUGGGCGUCCCCGCCGCCGACGUUGCCGCGCUCCUUGCUAUCGACCCGAGCUUCCUCUGCGCUGACGUGGAGCGGACCCUGGCGCCCCGCAUCGCCGACCUCGGCGGCCUCGGCCUGUUGCCGGACAAGAUCGCGCGCCUCAUCCCCGUCGCACCCAAUUCCUUCCGCAACAGGUUCCUCCGCCGCAACCUCGAGUUCUGGCUCAAGGAGCUGGGAUCCUUCGACAAGCUCCUGCAGGUCCUCAGGAGGAACUCCGGCCUCCUUAGCAUCGACCUCGACAAGGUGGCCAAGCCCAACCUGGCCUUGCUCCAGCAAUGCGGGAUGAACGUUUCAGAGAUUGCCGGUAUCAGCCUGUACUCCGCCCGGCUGUUCACCAUGAACCCUAAUCUUCUUCGGGAUGCUGUGGAGCGGGUGGAGGAGCUGGGCGUGGAGCGGGGAGCACGGAUGUUCUGCCGCGCGCUUGCUUUGAUCGCUUUCAUGAGCAGGGAGGUUGUCGCCAGGAGGAUACGACUGUUAAGGAAGUUUGGUUUCUCAGAGGAUCACAUGUUACUGAUCGUCAGGAAGGCACCUCUCGUCCUGGGCUUGUCUGAGCAAAAGGUUCGGCGAAAUGUGGAUUUCUUGAUGAAGGAUGUUGGUCUGGAGGCACGGUACAUCGCUCAAAGGCCAGUGCUGAUCUUAUAUAGCGUUGAGCGGCGGUUAUUGCCCCGACAUUGCUUGCUUAAGGUUCUUAGGGAAAAGGAAUUGCUGAAAGUUGAGUUGGACUAUUAUGUCACAGCCUCGAUGGCUGAGAAGAUUUUUCUGCAAAAGUUUGUGUUUCCUUAUAAGGACGUUGUCCCCAGCCUUGCUGAUGGUUAUGCCUCCAAAUGUUCUGGGAAGGCAACGAAUGGAGUUGCUUGGCCAGAAGAAUGACAUAGUGUUGCUAAACAUUUGUCGUUCCCUGAAAUUCAAUAUGGUAUUUUUACAAAUUUGGUAUCAGUGCACAUGUUGAUUCAUUCACCAUUUGGUUCCUGAUAUGACUCUACCUACAUGCUUUUUCUGAAGUUCUUUUAACACAAAUUUUGUUGUGUAUGUGCCACUUCCUCAAAGUCUCAAGUAGCAAGCCAUGCUCAUGCCUCAGGGUCAUUGCGCUUAGUGUGUUGAACCUUGAAAAGAAGAAUACUUAUUGAUCACAUGGUUUUGGAGAUUUUUUUUCCUUCAAGAAUAAGGUGUAAUGGUGACCUAAUUGACAACAGCAGUAUAUUGGUUCAGUUCUGUGGUGCUUGUUCAUGAUCUGUAACAUCCAUAGUCAUUUCUGGUUGUCGGCAUGUGUAUAAUUCGUGCCCAGUUUGUAUUUUUUUUUUUAGCUGUCCAAGCUGCCUGUUAUCAUCACGUCUUCCUCUGAAAGUGGGACAUGAGAAGAAUCUGCAUUUGAGCCGCAGAUAGCUAUGCUACACAUGUUUUUUUUGGUACUUCGUAGAAUUUAGAUUAUGACCCUGUUUGUUUUUUUUUAUUUUGAUUAUGGAUUCUAGUCUCAAAAGAAAAAGCAAAAACAAACCGUCAUAAUAUAAAAGUUGAUUUUCACAAUCUA